AUGGACAGCGCAGGAGAAAAAGAUCAUGACCAUGAUACACAUGCGAUACCUCCACAGGCUAUCUGCAACGUGUAUAAGAAAUACCAGCGCAUGGAUGACGCUGCUGUGGAUGCAGAUCUCAGCAUCGUCGAUUUCAAUCGAGGCUUGACAGACGUACAAAAGCAAAAGUUGUUCUCUGUAGGGACCGUAGAAGCUGAACUGAUCGCAAAAGCUCAGAAAACGUACAAGUUCUACGGAAAAGACAGCAUGGAGGAAGCUUCAGGAUCAGAUCCUCUUCCUGCACCGUGCACAGUCUAUGAGCACAAAGAUUUCCCAGGUCUACGACUAUUCCCUUCUCUACUACCUCCAGAAUGUCAAGUUAUGAUGUUGAACUCGGUGAUGCACCGUAACCUUGCGAACCCUCUUCACAAGACGAACUUGCAACCCGAUUACGACAUUCCAUAUCCCCCAUCCACCUCGUCCACAGGGUCAUUCUUCGGCUAUCCCCCUCAUUCCAAAUACGAAAUCUACAGACCGCUUAAAACAGACUCUAAUCACAAACAGCUGAAUACAACCCAAUUCCUCUCAAAGAAGCUUCGCUGGCUGACUUUGGGCUCGCAAUAUGAUUGGGCAACCCGUGCUUAUCCUACAACAUCACCAACACCAUUCCCCCCAGAUAUCGCGUCAUUAGUCACCACCCUAUUUCACUCAUCAUUCACUCCGGAGUCAGGUGUCGUUCUUCUUUACAGUCCGAAAGAUUAUAUGCCUGUUCAUCGCGAUGUCUCUGAACAAUGUGAUCGUGGUCUUGCAUCCUUCAGCUUGGGAUGUGACGGGUUGUUCAUCUUAUCAAAGGAUAUCAAAAAGGAAGGUGAAGAAGUAGAUGAGAGCAACGAGGAUCGGGAGAUGGAGAUGUGUGUUCUGAGGGUGCGGAGUGGGGAUUGUGUCUGGAUGAGCGGGGAAACCAGGUGGUGUUGGCAUGCUAUGCCGAAGGUUAUGAACAACACCUGUCCUCCAUGGCUUGUGGACUGGCCAGCUGAGAAGGGAGGUCCGAAGGAGUUUGAAAAGUGGAGGGGAUAUAUGAGAGGGAAGCGACUGAAUCUCAGUUGUCGACAGGUGUGGGGAUAA